AUGUCUGAUCGCCUAUGUGACAAUGGUGGCACCACCUAUGCCACUAAGGAGUCACUGGAGGAAAUAUCCCCUACGUAUGCCAAACCCACUAAAACAUUCCCACCUUUUGCAUCUCCCCCAGGAGCACUCACUGUGGGCCUUGUGCGACAGUGUCAAACAAUCCAUGGACGAGACCGAACAUGCAUCCCACCUCGGCUGCCCCCGGAGUGGGUGACCACACUGUUUUUUAUCAUCAUGGGAAUCAUUUCAUUGACUGUCACAUGUGGUUUGCUGGUGGCUUCCCACUGGCGAAGAGAAGCUACAAAAUAUGCUCGAUGGAUAGCAUUCACUGGAAUGAUCCUUUUCUGUAUGGCUGCCCUAAUAUUUCCAAUAGGAUUUUACAUCAAUGAAGUCGGAGGUCAACCUUAUAAAUUACCCAACAACACAGUAGUUGGGUCAUCAUAUGUACUUUUUGUCUUAUCCAUUUUCUUUACAAUAGUAGGACUUCUGUUUGCUGGCAAAGUUUGUUUACCAGGCUGAUGAAUGUCUACAUUGCUUGACAUUUUAAUUAUUUUUUAUUUUAUUUAAAUUUUUUAUUUUUGGAGGGUGGGGUGGACAAAGGCAAGGCAUCUGAGUAGUCCUGGCUUAGAAAGAUGCUUAGAUGCAACUGAUGCUGAAAA